UUCCUGGUCAAAUAUUAUGCAUCAUGGUCACACUUCCACAAGUCCAUUUGUCCAACGACAUCAUCGCCGCAUCUCUAUUCAAUUUGGUUGCUGUCUUUGUCGGCGCAACUAGCGGCAUUGGUGAAGCUGCCCUGAAGGAAUUCGUCAGAAAAUCAAAGAACUCAAAAUGUUAUCUUGUUGGAAGAUCAGAGCAAGCUGCAACUCGCAUCAUUAAAGAGUGUAAAUCAUUCAACCCAGAUACUUGUGUCAUUUUCAUUCAAGAAGAUGUCAGUCUGGUUAGCGGGGCUGACAGGUUAUGUGAAAAAAUCAAGAGCUUGGAAGAUACCAUCAACAUCCUCUUCUUAUCAGCCGGGGCUGCUAUAUUUGACCGUAGCAAAACACCCGAAGGUCUACACGCCCUCACGGCACUAGCCUUCUAUACACGCCUGCGCAUUACCCAACUCCUCCUCCCCCUUCUCAAACGCUCUACAAGUCUCUCUCGGGUGAUAAACAUCGCCGGCGGAACCAAAGAAGGCACUCUCUACCCCUCCGACAUGCAAGCCCUGACUACCCCUCUGUAUGCAAUCCGCGGCCAUCUAACCACUCUGAUCACUCUCGGCCAUGAAGCGCUUGCCGCCAGAGCUCCAGGUGUGAGUUUCUUACAAGUCUUCCCUGGUGCAGUACAGACGGCUCUUUUUGACCGCAUGCCAGCUCCUGUGGGGCUGGUGAUGCGGUGCUUUAUUGCAUUGGCUGGGAGAUGGGUUCUGGUACCAGUUCAGGAGAGUGGGGAGAGGAAUGUUUUUCUCGCGACGAGUGCCGCGUUUCCUGGCCGAGAUGAUGGGGGUGAGAGGUAUGGGAUUGGGUUGGUGGAGGGUUUGAUUGUUGCUAAGGGUGUCGAUGGGAAACCUGGGAGCGGUGUAUAUUCGCUCGAUUAUGAUGGGGCAGAGGCUGGACAGGGUGUUAUAGAUUUGCUGGAAGGGUAUCGGAAAGAAGGGAUGGUUGAGAGGGUGUGGGAGCAUGCACAGGCUGAGUUUGAGAGGAUAACAGAGGAAGAUAGCCAUAGAAGAUAGUACUGCUGCGCAGGGGAAAAAAGCGAAAACAGCAAGGCACUUUGUCCGAUUCCUAUAGGUUCUCAAAACGCUAGUACCAGGUCCCGCAACGCUUCUUCUAAAAUCCAUGGUGGUUGGUAACUAUACAAUAAUAUUCGUUAUUCCUAUGGCAAUAAAAUACCUAAAUCUAUGGUCGACAGUCUGAGAACAAUCAAAUGCAACACAAGUGGAUAAGGAUAAAGGAUUUGGCAUCAGCCUAUAACUCAGACCAAUCCCGUUACAAU